CAAGAGCGGUCCAGUCAGUGGCAGAAGAGAAGAGCAGUGAGUUGUAUGUGUGUGAGUUAGAGGGCUGUUCAUGCUAUUAUGCCGAAGCUCAGGUUUAAGAUAGAAAUGUGAAUUAUUCCUCUUGUAACCCAUGUUAUCCACGUCGAAGAGACUGGAGUGUUUGCAGCAGAAAAUAAGGCUUAUGUUGUAUUUCCUGUGUGAGAGUUUGCAGCAUGAGAACCAGCUUCUGUAUCUGUGUGUUUGCAGUAUUGAUAAACAAAGUGUGUCUGCAGGCCACUGUUAAAGGGAAUAUUGGAGGCUUUGCUGUCUUGCCUUGUUCUUCGAUUGACAAUGACCUUAAAUAUGAAGAUAUAACAGUGUAUUGGAGACAUAAUAGCAGCCAAAAUGUUUAUGACAUAAUUGAGGGUAAAGGUUCAAUGGAGAAGCAGGAUCCGGCAUACAAGAACAGAGCCGAAACCUUCCCUGAGGAGUAUAUGAAAGGAAACUUCUCACUCAAACUCAACAAACUUCAAUACAGUGAUACAGGAAAGUACAUCUGCUACAUCACAAAGACACAUCAAAAUCCAAGCACACAGCUUUUCAUCGAAGGCGGCAAAGGAAACCAAGGAGUGGAAUCAAAAGCAGAGAGGAUUGUGCCAUUUUUAAUCCUGCUUUAUAUUCUGCAUUUUAUUUGAAUGGAGGAAUGCGCCUUUGCGCUUUUGUUAUGGAACAUCAUCACUGUCCCGUGUUCUCAUUGGUUCGCUGGUAUAUGGGUAAUUUCAUGGCCAGGAUAAGCUGUGAGCAGAUCGCUCGCCCAAGUGGAAAAAUUAGCUGCUGCCAGAUCUCGAUCACUGAAUCACAUUGUAUUUGAUACAAAACUAACUAGACUAAACCAAACAGGUGAAAAUCAUAACUAAAACUAUUUUCAUGGUAUUUCAUUUUCUCCAAAAAUAAAUUGUUUGAGACAGUCCUACUGUAACUAUCAGAGGAUGUUAAUGGAUAUUCUAGUUUGUUGAAGUCAUCAGUUUGCAUCAUUUAAAACUAUUUGUUUUAAAGAAUACUGAUAUUUUUAUUUAUUAUAGCCUACUUAUAUUUAAUAUAAUUACAUUUUAAUUUUAAUUUAUGCAAUACUGGGAUGAAUGACUUGGCCAAAAUCUUAUAUCAUGGUUAAGUAUAAGUUUUUAUUGCAUUAUUAUAUAUUUUGUCUUGUAUUGUACAUUGCUUACCCACAAUUGGAAAGUAGUAAGGGCUAUAGGUCAGGUGCAAUUUCUUAUGUUAAUAUUUCUUUAAAUAAUGUCUUUUCUUGCGUCAUGAUGUAACCAGCACACAAUAGUGUCAGCAGUGUUGGGGAGUAGUUAACCACAAGCAGUAGACCAAUCACAACAGACUAUGCCAUCUGGCCAAUCAGAGCUGAGUAGGCUCACAGAAAGGAGGGAUUUAGAGAGACUGAAGCAUUGGACAAGUCGUUUGAGAAUCAUUGAAAAAUUUGUUGUGCAAUGUAUAAUAUGAGAAAAUGUUAUAGGAGACCUCCAAUACAAAAUUAAGAACCUUAAAAAUGGCAUAAUAGGGGCACUUUAAACGUCCAAAUAUUUCAGUUAUAAAAAGAAUGUAUUAAUGUUCAGUGAUUUACUUAAUAUGCAAUUAUUAUUAAUAAUAAUGAAUUAACAGUUUAUCAUGUGAACAAACUUGUUUUAUUAUGCACUAUUAAGAUAUGCAUAUUUUAAAUGAAUAUCCUUCAUAUGUACUUAGUACCCAGCGGUGGCCAUAAAUGAGCACUAGUUUCCCAUUUAUAGAAAUGUAUUAUGUAAUAUAUAUCAUUAUAUUUUGCAGUAUAUUCCUAUUUUUGUUCCCUAAGGGAAAGGCACAUGCAUACUUUGUCAGAGGCAGAGCUUUCAUUCAAGGACAGGGUGAAAUUAUUCUCUCUACAUAAGAUGUUUUCGUCUUAAUACCUGACGUUGCCAAUUUUGACUUUGACUGUUUGAUAUGUCAGGUAUACUUUUCAGAUAAGGAUUUUGACAUACAUACUUUUUAGAGACUGCCUCUGGUUUUUGUUAUGGCUCUUCUUGCAAUUUUUGAGGUAUAAAAUGGUGCUGCUGUUAUCUGACCUUUUUCAGCACUUUUUGAUUUUAUGACCUAUUUUCAAAAUUUUUUGAUUUUCUAGAUCUUUUUUAAAGCAGGUUAAUUGUGUUUGUGAGUUCUUUUGAAUGUAAAAAAUCUAACUUCAACGUACGAAGAAAGUGUAAUGCCUUUUGCAGUUCAAAAUGCUUACACUACGUCCUACACCUGUCCUAUUCAACUUAGGGAAAGUGUUUAACUGACGCGAUGCCAGUUUACACUUUCUUCGUAACUUGAAUAUGGAAGGCGGUUUGGCGCAAGCUAGAUAUUUUACUUGUUAAAUAUGUAUAUUUUUUUAA